GGUACAAAAACCCUCAACUUGUCGUGCAACAUUAUUUCGUUGCAAGUUUUGGUCGAUGUUUCCCGUUUUUCACCGUGCAUGAUCAACUUCUUGAUCAACAAUUGUAACAAAAUUAAUUGUUAUCGAAUAUUUUUUAUCCCAAAAAAGUGAGCUUCUUGCGCAAUGGAAUGGAACCGAAAACAUCUAUGUCUGCCGUUCCUGAUACUGUGUUCGUCUCUUUGUUAUUUUUGUUUCGUUGGUUUUAACUUCAACUGGAGAAAAGAUAUCAAACGCAACGACUCUGAAAUGGAAACGAAAAUUCUCAGGAUUUCGAGCAUUUUUUUUGCUAAUUACUCAGCAAAGUCUAACGUUUCUAAUUCAAGUGCGUUGCUCUCUCGGAGAGAUUCAGUGGCUGUCAUUCAUUCGGAUCUGUCUUAUUCCAGUGCGGUGAAUAACAAUACUCUCUACGUGUUGAUUUUGCCCUUUUCAACCAAAGAGCUGGAAAUUGAUCGUGUACUGGAGGACAAAGACAAACAUUCCGUGAGGAUGUUGAGUGAUUUUCUUCGUUCAAGGAAACAAUUUCAUGGUGCAACUUGUAUGCAACAACAGGAAAGCCAUGAAAUGAAAGCCUCUGGAAAUUUCACGUUGGAUCAAUCUUGGUGUCGUUUUGUGAAAAAAAUGUGGAGCGUUCACAUUAGGAAUACAGGCCCUGUAAAAAACCUCACGCUACAAAAGUCUCUCUGGCUUGACUCCGACAAUGAAACUGGGACAACUGACGCGCUUGUACAAACCUGCAAUAUAGUGCAAGGUCCAUUUGUAAUAAGGAAGAAUGAGUUUCAGAAAAUUGGAGGACUAAUCGACGGUUUUGGGAAAUUAUCCUUACUGGAGUUUUUUCUACGAUCAAAGGGCGAAUUGAAGAUUGCAAAGCUUGGUUCUUGCUCGUGGACACCCAAAAUUAAGCGUGCGGAUCGAGGAAAUUUGAAAGGCUCAAAGGAGGUUCCUGAAUAUGCAAAUUUUGCCAAUAAACAUACAGUUCUUCGGAUCGUAACGGAGAAUAGAAUAGAAUGGAUGGCUUGUGUCGCAAACUGGAAGAUGUGCCCGGAGAAACCCUACGUAGAGCCACGAGGUCUACCCGGCGUAGCUGCACCGAUAUGUUGCAGCACUGUUUUAUGGAAAAUGCUGAGCGAUUUUGUGAGAGGGCUAAACAAACUGGGGCUAGAAUACCGAAUUGUUGACGGCACCUUGUUAGGGGCUGUCAGAAGUAAAGCGAUCAUACCAUGGACAUACGACGUAGAUUUUGCAUUAGCUGCCUCUGUGUAUAAAAAUACUUCAACGUAUACUGCUCUUGAAAAGGUUCUCGAAAAUCAAUACUAUAUAGGUUGGUCUUUCAUGAACAUGCCCAGGGGGCAUAUUCUUGUGUCUCCGUUCAUCGACGUAAAUACAGCCCCUUAUUUUGACGGGCCUGAAGACUUAGAAGGCAAAGCAUUAUUCAGUAGUGAACUGGAAGAAGCAGUGAAGGGAAUGUUGCCAGUGUCUCAGCACUGGAGACAACGUGGCUAUGUAGAUUUUUAUGAGGCAGGUCAAGCCCUGAUGGAAGGAUCGUCCAAUGUCACCAUCAACAAUAAACAAUUCGUGACUGUGAAAGAUGUGGAUAAAAUGUUGAGUACAAAUUACGGCAAGAACUAUCGGCAACCAGCGCUGAAAGGAGAAUGGUCAGGUUUGUCAGGUCAAAAGGGUCCCUGAACGAAAUAACUUUGAUAUAGUCUAGAUUCUAGGAAUAAUGCAGCGACGAGUUUGCGUCGGAUUAGGGACCUUAAAAGGAGAAGGGACGACAAAUCUGAGAAAAAAUCGAUUAAAAACGAAUGUAUCACAACAGGGUAGUUGUGUCAGAAUCGGUCAUUAUGGUUCGCGAUCUCAGAACACGCAAGUUUGGUGAUUUCGGGAGUUGCUUAAUGCUGAGGGCGGCUAAAAUAUGUAUAUUGUUUGAAAAAUCACUUCCUGAUCUGCACGGCUCUUUAUUUAGCAGACAUAACUAAUUGAUUGAUCAUCGACCAUCUUGAUUUCCAUUUCUUACCAUUGGUAAUUAUUUCCUUUUAAGUGAUGUUCCAUGCAUUGUUUCAAUAUACAAUAGAGUAUACACUUUAGAAUAUCGUGAGUCACUGAUAGGUAGUUUGUUCAUGACAUCGAAUAAUAGGCCAUACAUGUCUCUUCAAAAUUCUCUGACCUUAUCAAGAAAUGGUCUAUUGUUCCGGCUCAACUUCUCACAUUAAGUCUUAAACAAUAACCCUUUUGUUAUUUGUAUUGCUGAGGGACUAGUCCGUGACUAAUCGGAAAAAAAUUGUCGGAGUAUUUUUAUCCUCUCUCUGCGUAAUUUUUUUUUUAUCGCACAGUUUGUUAAAAUGCUCAUGAUAAACAAAUUGGACUUCAGCUGCGCGGUCGUCCCAUUUUGUUAUCACCUGUUACGGGAAAAUUUACUGAUUUUCCCGUGUGUGUUAUUCGGAACAUAUUUAUUCGUAAACUUUCACAUUUAGCCAUUUCAAGUCCUUUCAUUUUAAUAAAUCAAAAAAUGCAUAAAAGCCACGGUAGCUUUUGAAUAGAUUUUUGUUGUUACUCG